AUGUUGGGCAUACUGAGCCUCUGGAGAACGGUCAACAGCGUCCUCUUCUACCUGACUCUGGUCAUCGCUGUUGGGGGGCUGCUGGGCAACGGGCUGGUGCUCUGGAACCUGGGCUUCCACAUCAAGAAGGGCCCCUUCAACACCUACCUGCUGCACCUGGCCGCUGCGGACUUCCUGUUCCUGUCCUGCCAGGUGGCCUUCUCCGUCGUCCAGGCCGCGCUGGGCUCCUCCCAGGACACGCUCUACUUCGUGGUCACCUUCCUGUGGUUCUCGGCAGGGCUCUGGCUGCUGGCGGUCCUUGGUGCCGAGCGCUGCCUCUCCGACAUCUUCCCCUCCUGCUACCAGCGCUGCCGGCCCCGGCACGCCUCCACCGGCCUCUGUGUCCUGGUCUGGGCUCUGACGCUGCCCGCCGUGCUGCUGCCCGCCAGCGCCUGCGGCCUGCUGCGUGAGGGCACGCGCCUGCUGGCCUGCAUCCGCUACCACGCGGUCAGCGUCACCUGGCUGCUGUCACUGGCGUGCGUGGCCUUGGGGGCCUGCCUGGUGCUCUUCAUCUGGGUGAACUGCUGCUCCCAGCGCCCGCGCCCCAAGUUCUGUGGCAUCGUCCAGGGCUCGGGGGUCCUGCUCCUUUUUUGCCGCCUGCCCUUCAUCCUCUACUGGAGCCUGCGGCCGAUCCUGAACUUCCUGCUGCCCAUCUUCCUCCCGCUGGCCACCCUCCUGGCCUGCAUCGACAGCAGUGCCAAGCCCCUCAUGUACUUCGUGAUGGGCCGGCAGCCCGGGCAUCGGGAGCCACUGAGGACGGUCCUGCAGAGGGCCCUGGGGGAGCGGUCCCAGCCAGGUGCUGGGGGGCUGUCCCUGCCCAUGGGCCCCGUCUAG